UUCAGUUCACACAAUUGAGAAAAAUGACUGAUACAACUUUUGAUGUAAGCUAUAACAAAGGAUGGCUAAGGAAAUAUAAGAUAGACUCAAAUCCCUAUUAUAGAAAAGUGUGCUAUGAUGAACGAAAAGCUGCCGAAAUAGAGUUGAAUGAAAAUAGUGAACCAAAACAAGAAUAUUACAGAGAUUUCAAAACAGGUAGUUCAUAUACGGGGGAAUGGAACAGUUUGAGCAUGAAUGGACAUGGAAAAUACACCUUUCUGCAUGGAGUUAUAUACGAGGGUGGAAUGAAAAAUGGAGAAUUUCAUGGGGAGGGGAAAAUAACAUAUCCUAAGGGUCAAUCCAUAAAAGGGAUCUUUCAUAAUGGUGAAAUGAUUUCUUGGGAAUUCACAUUCGGUAACGGUUUAUCCAUGGAAAACUACUGCAAGUUUCCAGACAGAAGAUUCAAAAGUACGAUCGAAGAGGGUUUCUUACCAGCAGGAAAAGAGAGGUUAACAGAUCGGCAACCCGAAAGACCUAUACCAGAAGGUCAUUAUGACGUAGAAGAUGGAUUCUAUAACCCGAAAACAGGGUGGAUAUACAGUGCCCCCUCUUUUUCCCAAAAUGGAGCACCGACCCCAAUGCGUAUGCCUUUGAAAAGAGUCCAACCAAUCGACACAACUGAGUACCUGCCAAAUGGAUAUGCUUUCAUCCGAAAAGUUCCAUUUGUCCCAAUCUACCAAGAUGAGAAGUUCAUACUUGAACGUUGUAGGAAAGCUUGGGAUCAGCCUACAGGGUACAGGCCUGAUCUUUACGAGAAAUGGAUGAGUGGGAGAGCUGAAGAAACAGAAAGGUAUAGGAAAAAGUUCACUACACCAACAGAUGUACCUGUUUCCAACUGUUUGAAGAUGUUGGAUUUCUUCAAAUGGAUUGGGGAAGCGAGGAAGAAUGAGUUGAGUUUUUCUAGUCGUUCGUAAUGUAAUGUAGAUGUUAAAUAAAUCAUUAAAUUUA